GUAUCAUCUGCAAUUGUAAUAAAAAGUGGUAAGAAGGAGUGGUGAUUCAUCCUGGAGAAAGAUAUUUAAAGCUUCAAUUCUCUAUUUUCUUCUUCUCAUAUAAGAACGAUCUGCCGAGUCUCUGAUCACCACCGAAUCUUUGAUAUUUGUCCAAUCGGAUCCGAAAAUGAACGAUUCAGAUGUCACCAAGCAGAUCCAGCAGAUGGUGAGAUUCAUCCGCCAGGAAGCGGAAGAGAAGUCCAACGAGAUCUCUGUUUCGGCCGAAGAAGAAUUUAACAUUGAGAAGUUACAAUUGGUUGAAGCUGAGAGAAAGAAGAUUAGACAAGAAUACGAGCGUAAAGAGAAGCAAGUUGAAGUUCGAAAGAAAAUCGAGUACUCUAUGCAGCUCAAUUCUUCUCGAAUCAAAGUUCUUCAAGCUCAGGAUGACUUGGUUAGUUACAUGAAAGAGGCUGCUUCAAAGGAACUUCUGCAUGUGAGCCAUGAUCACCAUGUGUAUAAAAGGCUUUUGAAAGAUCUUGUUGUUCAGAGUUUGCUUAGACUAAAAGAGCCAGCUGUCUUAUUGCGUUGUCGGAAAGAUGACCUAUAUUUGGUUGAGUCAGUUUUGGACUCAGCAAAGGAGGAAUAUGCAGAAAAAGCAAAUGUUCAUCAACCUGAGAUUAUAAUUGACAACAUCUACCUUCCGCCUGCUCCUUCCCAUCAUCAUGCCCAUGGUCCCUUCUGCUCUGGAGGUGUAGUGUUGGCUUCUCGAGAUGGGAAAAUUGUGUGUGAGAACACACUUGAUGCAAGAUUGGAUGUUGUGUUCCGUAAAAAACUUCCACAGAGAUAAAGGUGAAGGAGAUCCAUAAAACACAAGAAGUCUCAACAUGUGCUACAACAGGCUUUAAUUGUAGGUGGAGUCAAUCGGUUUGGUUACAUGGCAUGGAGUUCGAGUAGUCAAGGUGGAGCCUUGGAGUCAAACACGUAUAACGUGGAAAAUCGGAGUUUUGCAGGAGUAUCGUCAAGAUUGAAGCUGCAAAAGAAGUGUCAUGAUCAAUGCCAUGGGAAAUGAUGAUUGGCCGGAUGAAAUUUGAGCCAAGGUGGAGAUUGUUGGGAUUUGUGUUUCAAAUUCCUACUCUAAUUAUGUUUCAAUUUUAGAGUUGUAUUCUGUUUGGUAAUUUCUUGUUUGGCAAGUCAUAACUCUAAGAAAUUGUAAUCCUUGUCUAAUAAGGAAUUGGGUUUGGAACUCUAUAAAUAGAUAUAUAGGCUUUGGGUUUAGACUUAUGAAAUUGAGAGAGAUGUAGUCUCAUGAGGGAGUUGAUUGGUAGAGGUAGUAUAUAGGUUGGUUGAGUAGGAAAAACACCGGUAACUCUAGUAGCGAGGAAAUAGGCUCGUGGAGUGGUGGUGUUGGUACUCUAUUGUUGUAAUAUCUCUACGAAUCAUAGUGAAAUCUCUUCUCAUCCAUAGACGUAGGCUGGUUUUGGCUGAAUCAUAUAUAUCUUGUGUUUGCGUGUGAUUGCUUUGUUAACUUUCAUUGGAUGUUUAUUUAUUCGCGCGCUUCUGCUGUCUCAACACGUCUUUUACUUUUUGUUUCUUUUUGUGGUUCCCCCUUUUUGUCCCUUUCCCUCAUCAAUUAUUAUAGCUGUUUGCAAAUAUAUCUCUCAACAACUUUUUGUUUUUCAUUCAACAACUCUUAUUUUCAUUCACAACGGCUUUAUUUAUUUAUUUAUUUAUUUAUUUUUUUAAAUCUUUAUAAAUACUACUUCAACUCUUCCAACAAUUAUCUCUCUCAAUGUUCUUUUAGUUUUUAUCACUCAAUUGUCAUCUUUCAACACUCCAUGGAUCUUCCACCUCCAUUUUACUGACUCCUCUCGACCACAUUUAAUAUAUUUUCUCUUACAAGGUUUGAAAGAAUGCCCACACCCUAUCAGGUGAUAACAACCUCCUCACAGUGUUCAUCCAUUUUCAAUGGAUUUCAAAAACAUCUUCCCAUUUGAAUCUGUCUAAUUGAAUGGAGAAAUAAACUCGGAGACUGGUAUAUAUCGUGAUGAUGAAGCCAUUCUUUUUUGUGUAUAAUAAAGACAGAAGUCUUAAAGAAGAGAAAAUGGACUUGAGAAUGCAAAGAAAUGGACUUGAGGAUUGAAAGAAGAUAGAAUGAGUAGUUUAUAUAGAAAUUGAAAUAUAGCUGUUGGAAAAAGAUAAAAAAAAAAAAAAACAAUUGAAAAAAAUUUAAACAAAUUUUCUUUUCAUUUUGUAAUUAAAUAAUAAUAAAUUAGUUAACGAGAUAGUGGGUUGAAACAUAAUGGAUAAAAAAAGGUAGAUAGACUUGGCUAUCUACUUUUAAAAAAGUGGAUAGAUAAUAUGUUUUAUGCAAUACCGGAUGCUCUUACACCCUUUUUUUUUUUUUUUUUUUAAUUCUAUAUGGAUCAUUGCCAUUCUGUACUGACAUCCUGUUAUAGGCCAUUAAUAUGAACAAAACUUAACAUCAAGCUUGAGCCAAAGAUGUAAUAUGUAACUGAAUUAAUUUCUUCCACGGGUUCUCUCUGCAUCAUGCUUCCAUAAGGAAACAUGUCAGUAUCCUUGAAUGAUGACUAUGCACGGCUUUCUAGAUGCCCAAUGGGAAUAUUAGUGGAGCAUCCCCUCUAUCCCAGUUGUCAAUCUGACAAAAAAAGACCGAAAGAUUUUGGUGCUUCCCUUUUAUAGGUGUUUUUCUUGUUCUGUUUGGCCUUGAACUGUCUAACUUUAGUGGACCAAAAAAUGACAUAAAAAUGGUAAAAGAUAACAAGAUGCUUGAAACUCCCACCACAACCUGGUUUAUUCAUAAUCUUACCAUAUCUGUAGAACUAGUUACUUCAAUUUUAUUUUAUUUUCCGAAAACCCAAAUAGAUUAUAUUUAACUUUAGAAACUCGAAAGUUCAACAAUGUGUGUAUUUUCUGUACCUAGUAGUAAUUUAUCAUCAUGAAACCAUUCCUAGCCCACAAUGAAAAAUGAGAGAGCGCGAGAGAGCUUAUGUUAUAUUGUCUAUAAUUUUAUAUAGUUGUUGGGAUUUGUGUUUCAAAUGCCUACUCUAAUUAUGUUUCAAUUUUAGAGUUGUAUUCUGUUUGGUAAUUUCUUGUUUGGCAAGUCAUAACUCUAAGAAAUUGUAAUCCUUGUCUAAUAAGGAAUUGGGUUUGGAACUUUAUAAAUAGAUACAUAGGCUUUGGGUUUAGACUUAUGAGAUUGAGAGAGAUGUAGUCUCAUGAGGGAGUUGAUUGGUAGAGGUAGUAUAUAGGUUGGUUGAGUAGGAAAAAUACCGGUAACUCUAGUAGCGAGGAAAUAGGCUCGUGGAGUGGUGGUUUUGGUACUCUAUUGUUGUAAUAUCUCUACGAAUCAUAGUGAAAUCUCUUGUCAUCCAUAGACGUAGGUUGGUUUUGGCUGAAUCAUAUAUAUCUUGUGUUUGCGUGUGAUUGCUUUGUUAACUUUCAUUGGAUGUUUAUUUAUUCGCGCGCUUCUGCUGUCUCAACACGUCUUUUACUUUUUGUUUCUUUUUGUGGUUCCCCCUUUUUGUCCCUUUCCCUCAUCAAUUAUUAUAGCUGUUUGCAAAUAUAUCUCUCAACAACUCUUUGUUUUUCAUUCAACAACUCUUAUUUUCAUUCACAACGGCUUUAUUUAUUUAUUUAUUUUUUAUUUUUUUAAAUCUUUAUAAAUACUUCUUCAACUCUUCCAACAAUUCUCAUCUUCAACAAUUAUCUCUCUCAAUGUUUCUUUUAGUUUUUAUCACUCAAUUGUCAUCUUUCAACACUCCAUGGAUCUUCCACCUCCAUUUUACUGGCUCCUCU